GUCUCCUGGCGGACUAAUACCGUUCUAGGGUUUGUGGAUUCUCUCCUGGGAGCUAUGGCGGCAAUGGUGGAGGAGCCGCUCUAUCCGAUCGCAGUGCUCAUCGACGAGCUCAAGAACGACGACGUCCAGCUCCGGAUCAACUCGGUGCGCCGGCUGUCCACCAUCGCUAGGGCUCUGGGCGAGGAUCGGACGCGGCGGGAGCUGAUCCCCUUCCUCGCCGACGGCAGCGACGACGAUGAAGAGGUUCUUCUUGCCAUGGCCGAGGAGCUGGGGAAUCUGGUCCCCUACGUUGGGGGCGUGGAGUACGCGCAUUCUCUGCUACCCCCGCUGGAGGCGCUGUGCGAUGUGGAGGAGAGCGCGGUGAGGGAGAAGGCGGUGGCGUCGCUAUGCAAGAUCGCCAGCGUGAUGAACGAGCGCGAUCUUGUGGAAUGGUUUGCUCCGGUUGUCAAGAGGCUCGCGGCUGGAGAAUGGUUCACGGCUAGAGUGUCGGUGUGUGGACUGCUACACAUUGUCUACCCGAGCGCUCCGGAGCUUCUCCGAGCGGAAUUGAGAACCAUCUACAACCAACUAAGUCACGACGAUAUGCCUUUGGUGAGAAGGGCCGCCAUCUCCAACCUCGGGAAGUUUGCUGCUACCAUCGAGCCUGCGUUUCUAAAGACCGAUAUCAUGGCUGUCUUUCGGGACCUCACACAGGAUGAGCAGGAUUCGGUCAGGCUUCUAGCUGUUGAAGGCUGUGCUGCGCUUGGAAGGUUGCUACAAACAAGCGACUGCAUUGCCUGUGUGUUGCCGCUCAUACUAAAUUUCUCACAAGACAAGUCCUGGCGGGUACGUUAUAUGGUUGCUAAUCAACUAUAUGAACUCUGUGAAACUGUUGGACCGGAAUGUACUAGGGUUGAUCUGGUCCCCGCCUAUGUGCGACUUUUAAGAGAUAACGAAGCGGAAGUCAGAAUAGCAGCAGCCGAUAAAGUGACCAAGUUUUGUGAGAUAGUCCAGCCCGAGAUUGCCAUGCAAAGCAUUCUACCAUGUGUAAAGGAACUUUCUCUAGACUCGUCACAACAUGUUCGUGCGGCUUUGGCUUCUGUAAUAAUGGGCAUGGCACCGGUUCUUGGAAAAGACGCGACAAUCGAACAACUUUUACCAAUAUUUUUGGCCCUUUUGAAGGAUGAAUUCCCUGACGUUAGGCUCAACAUCAUAAGCAAGCUGGAUCAAGUCAACAAGGUUAUUGGUAUUGACUUGUUAUCGCAAUCUCUCCUACCCGCGAUUGUGGAACUGGCCGAAGACAAACACUGGCGGGUGCGGCUGGCUAUUAUUGAGUACAUUCCACUCCUUGCGAGCCAACUGGGAGUGGAAUUCUUUGAUGACAAGCUUGGUGCCUUGUGUAUGCAUUGGCUUGGAGAUCAGGUGUGCUCUAUCAGGGAAGCUGCCGCAAACAACCUGAAGAGGCUGACCGAAGAGUUUGGCACAGAAUGGGCUUGCAGACAUAUUAUUCCACAGGUGUUGGAGAUGAUUAACAAUCCUCACUAUUUAUACCGGUUGACGAUACUGUAUGCCAUUUCUUUGUUCGCCCCUGUUGUUGGCUCGGAAGUGACAUGCCAGAUGAUGCUACCAGUCGUGAUCAACGCUGCAAAAGACAGGAUUCCAAACGUGAAGUUCAACGUGGCGAAGAUCCUACAAUCGUUUAUCCCGAUCGUUGGCAGCGAGGUUGUUGAGCAGUCGAUUCGCCCAUGCUUGGUGGAGUUGAGCGAAGAUCCGGACGUGGACGUGAGAUACUUCGCGAACCAAGCGCUGCAGAGCUGUGAGCAAGCAAUGUCUAUGUGAUGGAAAGAACACCUCUGAUCUUACUUUGAUGAUAGAUACUUUUCUGAGGUGCUGGUAGAUUAUACAAGCUUACGUCAACACACGGUAUGUAUAGCGAGUUUUAUCAAAAUCGCGUCGCUCUCACAAGAUGCUGCAGCACUGGUUGGUUUUCUUGGCUUGCUUGUAAAACAUCUGCAGGCUGGGAGUUUGAUACGAUUGAAAAGACAGAUUUUGGAUACCUGGGAAGCCAUGCUAAGAUCAGAGCUCUUCUCCACCAAUGAGUCGAGCUUUUCCCCUCGAGCGAGGACGCUUUCUAUGGUCUUGUGCUGUACAAACAAGGAGAAAAAUAAAUCCUUGUCGAAAGGAAGCUAAGCUAUGGCGUCACGUA